AUGGCACGCCGUCCAGCAAGAUGUUAUCGUUACUGCAAAAAUAAGCCAUACCCUAAGUCAAGAUUCAACCGAGGUGUACCUGACCCAAAGAUACGAAUUUUCGACCUGGGUCGCAAGCGUGCCAAUGUCGACGAGUUUCCUCUGUGUAUCCAUCUAGUCUCUAACGAGUAUGAACAACUAAGUUCUGAGGCUUUGGAAGCUGCUCGAAUUUGCGCCAACAAGUACUUGGUCAAGAUUGCAGGAAAAGAAGGUUUCCAUCUACGAGUGCGAGCACAUCCUUACCAUGUCGUUCGAAUCAACAAAAUGUUGUCAUGCGCUGGUGCCGAUAGAUUACAGACCGGAAUGCGUGGAGCAUGGGGAAAGCCUAAUGGAACUGUUGCUCGUGUAAAUAUUGGACAAAUCAUUCUCAGUGUCCGAACUCGGGAUUCCCACCGUGCAACUGCUCUCGAGGCUCUUCGGCGCUCACAGUACAAGUUCCCUGGACGCCAAAAGAUUAUCGUAUCCAAGAAUUGGGGAUUUACACCUCUCCGUCGUGAAGAGUACAUGGAAAAGAAAGCGUCUGGAAAAGUAUUGGUUGACGGGGCAUAUGUUCAAUUUUUGAGCAAUCACGGGAAACUAGCCGACAAUGUCCGAAGAUUCCCAGCCGCAUUUGAGGGAUAA